AUGAAAGCAUUUAUUGCUCUUUUCCUUGCUACUUUAGCUGUAGCUAAUGGUAUUGCUCAUCCACGAUGUGCAAUGCAAUUACGUGCUGCUGGCUUAUCACCAGCUUUAAAUGUAAGCAUUGCCCAUGCUAUACAUUCAAUGACUGUUCAAGGUUUACAACUCUUCAAUCCUAAUGCCAAUGAACAUAAUACAAUUCCAACUGUUAAUCACAAUCUUCAUGACAAAGAAGGAAUUAAAGUUCUUAUGUAUGCACCAAAUGAUCCACUUCCAACAGAUUAUUUUGGCUUUACCAUGAAUAUGAUUGAUAAAAUUCUCGCUAUGGUUGGUAAAUCAGAUGAUGGUCUUGGUAAACAUUGGUCAUCAACAGAACGACUUGUUCAUAAAUUUCAUAUGUGGGAUUUAUGGCUUCGUCUUCAAAAAGAAGUUAGUGAACUUUCACCAAAACCAUCAUCAGCUGUUUGCAAAUGUGUUUUGGAUGUUCAAUCAAACGGUGUUCUUAAAGCUGUUCAAUGGAUUGCAGCCCACUAUGAAUCUGGCACACCAAUUACAUUACUCGAUCGUCCAGUUCCAAAAUUAGUUGAUUCAGUAUCAUGGGAUUUCUGGAAAAACGAUCUUCUUCAUUAUUAUACACCUGAAGCUCUUCAUGAUGCAGCUGUUUAUCUUCAUUGUGCUACAAAAGAUUUUUAA